GAGCAUCUCGCGCCAUCUAGCGGCCGGCGUGUGUCACAUCAACACACAACACAUUUCAAACACUUCAGUUUGCGUUUGGAUUUUCCGAAAUAACAUUGAAUUAGGCUUGAUUAUGAAUCGCGUACGUUUUGAGUUAAAAAUAAAUUAUCAAAACAAACUUUUGUACAUAUAUGCUGUGAAUCUGGCUCCUUCGGCGAAUGUUAUUUAUGGUUGUCUUGGUUACACGGUGCCACCAACUCUGGGAGUGGAAAAGAAUGAAGAACUAGACUGACUCGGUGGUUUCAGGAUGUCGUCAAAGAAGAUCAGCGAGUCAAAGAGGCAGCAGGACGCAGGUGUCUCGGCUGAGAGCGAUGGACAGGAUGAGAGACAGAUGCUGUUACACAGAGAAUAUGAGACUCUAACUGAGAACCUGUGCACACUGAAGAGGAGAGUUGAACAAAAACGAAAAGAAAAUGAAUUUCUUCAGAAUGAGAUAGCUCAGAGCCGUAUUGAAAGUAAAGAGUACAUGUCAUAUAUGUCUAAAAGAGCAGAGAAAAGGCAGAAUGCAAUAGUGACUUUGAGUGAUCGGAGCCAUAAGGAACUUGAGGAGCUGCAGACACAGAGACAGAACAUGCAGGAUAAACAUGAGGAGCAGACCAAUGAGUUGCAGAUGGAGAUCCUGCAGAUGGAAAAUCAGCUGGCUCUGCUAAAUAGUGAAAUUGCAGACCUGAAAGAGGUUAAGACUCUAAAACAGCAGCAGUCGAGUCGUAUCACCGAGCUGGAGAAGAAGUUGACUACCAUGCAGAGUCAUCAUUCAGAGACUCUGGUGGCUCUCAAGGCUGACUUCAUUAAAAAGAAGAAGAGCUGUGAGCAACAGGCAGAAGACACUGUGCAUGCUCUCACUAUAUCAGCCAGCAAGGAGGCAUCACACUCCCUGAUGUCCUAUAUAAAUAAAGUGUUUCAGGAGAAAAAAAGCCUGCAUGAGGAGUAUAAAUUCCUUUUCCAGAGAGCCCAAGCUCUACAAAAACAGCAGGACGCUCUGCAGACUCAUCGACAGCAACUGCUGCUGGAGCAAAAGUGUAUGCAGAAGAUUCAUGCCCAACGUAUUUCCCUACGCUCAACAAACAAUACUGAACACCCCUAGAGUGACCACCAGUAACUGGCAAUAACUGGAGCCAGUUCAGUUACAACAGUUGCUUUUUUCGACAUUUUUCAAAUUUUCUUUUUUCCUGUUAUGCUUAAGAAAGUCCUACAGGUUUGCAACAACAGAUGUUGAAUAAAUGAUUGCAGAAUUUAAUUUUUUGGUCAUUUAUCCAUUUGCUGGUUUGAUUAAAACUCACCUAAAUAUGAAUACAAGCACUCAGAAACUAAAAAUAUAAGUAGCAUAUAGAUUUAUCAGUCAUAAAGUGGUAGGAAAGCAUUACUGAACCAUUUGCAUUUUUUGCAGAUUUAUUGCACACACCAAGUGACCUUUUAAUAUUAUGUACUAUUAUAAUAUU